CAGCACUUUCACAGAGUAAGCUGUAACUGAAUCAGAUUUCUGUAGGGACCAAUUCUUGUGAAACACUUCUUAAAGAGAAAAAUGUCGCAUUUCGGGAAAAUGAACGGAGAAUCAAGAAUUCUCAACGGAGUCUCAAUGAACGGGUUUCGCGGAGAUGAAAAACACAAAGUCCGCGCGGUGAACGGUGACGGUGUGAACGGGAUGAACGGAAACGGUGUCUCUAUCCUGAACGAGAGCGCUCUGGCGCGCGCUAAACUAAGAGCGCGCGCGCAGCGCUGGCGUGUGCGCGCGUCGGAGAUGGCGAAAAACACACUCAACCCGAUCCGCGCUAUAGUGGACGGCAUGAAGCUCACCCCGAACCCUGACAAACCCAUGAUCGCCCUGUCCAUCGGUGACCCGACAGUAUUUGGAAACUUGCCAACAGAUAAAAGUGUGCUCCAGGCUGUGAAGAAGGCUGUAGAUUCACACAAAUACAACGGGUAUGCCCCAUCAGUAGGAUACCACAAGAGCAGAGAGGCUGUGGCAAACUUCUACAGCCGGUCAAAUGCUCCACUGGAAGCAAAUGAUGUAAUCUUGACCAGUGGAUGUAGCCAGGCUAUUGAGUUGGCCAUUAGUGUGUUGUGUAAUCCAGGAGACAACAUACUGAUUCCUUGCCCUGGAUUCUCUCUUUACAAAACCCUAGCAGUGUCAAUGGGCAUCCAGGUCAAACUGUACAACCUUCUGCCGGAGAGGUCCUGGGAGAUUGAUCUAAAACAUUUGGAGAGUCUGAUUGAUGAGAAGACAACCUGUCUGAUUGUUAACAACCCUUCCAACCCCUGUGGCUCUGUAUUCACCAAAGAGCACCUGCAGAAUAUCCUCUCAGUUGCCUCAAGACACUGUGUCCCUAUCCUAGCAGAUGAGAUCUAUGGAGAUAUGGUCUUUCCCAACUGCGAGUUUCAUUCCCUGGCUCCUCUCAGCACUGAUGUUCCCAUUCUGUCAUGUGGAGGUCUGGCUAAACGCUGGCUUGUUCCUGGAUGGAGACUGGGCUGGAUCCUCAUCCACGAUCGCAAUAACAUCUUCGGACCAGAGAUUCGGGAAGGUCUCGUGAAGCUCAGUCAGCGUAUUUUGGGAGCCUGUACAGUUAUCCAAGGGGCAUUAGAAAACAUCUUUAAAAAUACCCCAGCUGAUUUCUAUCAAAGUACAAUCAACUUUAUAAAAUCGAAUGCUGAUAUAUGCUUCUCAGAACUGUCCACUGUUCCCGGGCUCAAUCCAGUAAUGCCAUCAGGAGCCAUGUACCUCAUGGUUGGAAUUGAAAUGGAGCACUUUCCAGAGUUCCAGGAUGAUGUGGAGUUCACUGAACGUCUGGUUACCGAACAAUCCGUGUUCUGCCUACCCGCCACGGCAUUUGAGUACCCAACCUUCUUUCGGAUUGUGGUGACAGUUCCAGAGGAAAUGAUGGUAGAGGCAUGCGAGCGGAUCAGGGAAUUCUGUUCACGUCAUUACAGGCCGCGCAGCCAAGACAGCAAUGACCUGGACCAGUGAAGGGAACAAUAAAUAGUGCAUGUAGUAUACAGUGAGAUCCACUUGGUUGGAAUGAAGAUUGAUGUUUCUUCAUUGAAGGGAACAAAAUAUUCUAUUCACAAAUGAUGACUGGUCGUGAGAUUUGAUGUGGUCAGGAUAUGGAAGACUAAAAUCUGAUAUCUACCAGUAGCUCAACAGUGAACUACAGUAUUACAGCUUUAAAAUAGUGAUGCUUUAUACCACAAAACCUCACUUACAGCAUAGUAAGAAUGACAUGGGGCAUAUACUGUAGGCAUUUUUAUCAUUCCAAAUUACUCAUUUUUAUGUGUUCAAAAUGCUCUACUUUAGUAAUAAUAUCAUAUAAUAUUAUUAAUCUUACAGUGGUUUUGUUGUCUGUCUUUUUGCGUAAUUUGUACUCUCAUUAGACAAUGCAUGCUUGAAUGAUUUACUUUUUGUUGUUUUUUUAGGGAAAGUUAUAUCACCAGAGCAACGAUAGACCGAAUAAUCCACUCCAUUCGCAUUCACAGCUGUUUGAUAGCUUGUUACAGAUGUGUAGGGCUACAGUAUAUAUGCCCAAAUUUCCACAAAUUUACAGUAUGGGGUGAUUUACCCUGAACAAUCACCUUACGCAUUACCAUAUGCGUAAUUGUGAUUACGCAUCAUAAUCAGCCCCAGCUUGACCAGCUUGAGCUUAGAUCAUGUUAACACAAAACAAUCUGAUGUGGAUCCCAAAACUGUACCCUUUUAUUAAUUACUUUUUAUCGAUGAAAGGCAAAGAUGAGUUUAGCUCUACUACCCCAUUUAUAUUAUAUAUACUAUGCACCUAUUAUUUUUUUUUUUUAUAUUGACAAAUAAGCUUUCAUGUGUAAAUCUUGUACUUUCCCCCUUUUUUGACUGAAAAAAAAUUCCAUGUUUGUACGCAUAUAAUUUUUCUACAUCCAUCCUGGUUUGGUUACAUGUCUCACCAUAGUGUUACAAACUGACUGGCAGCUAUUAGUGCCUCUUUUAGAUCUUAACUUUUCAUAACAUGUGUUCUUGUAACAUGCAAUACUCUAAACAGACUGGUUAGCAUUAUGGUUUCUUAUUGAACCUACACUUAUAUCAAAGAUACUCAGGUAAUAUUUUUAAGAUAUUUGUAUAACCC